AUGGCAUCUUCGGAAGCAGUCCGGGCAAGCGAUGAGGGCUGGAUGAACAUGAUCCUGCCGGAAAACCCGCACUCGCUGGGCAUCUGCCGGGUCUACAAGGGGGAUGAUAAGCACUUGGGGCGGCUGGGGUUUUCUCAGCAAGGGAUUGGCGUGUCAGUACCCCAGAGGAGACUCGUGUACGGGAGGCUAAUGCUGGGCGAAGGCGAGAUACGGGGUCAAGAUCUUGAAGGCGAUGCUGGGUCGGCACCGGGCUUCAUGAAGUCGACUGGUCACGAUGCAAGUGGCGGCGAACUCUGCGACUGCGUCCCUGGCGACAGGAGACAAGUGUGCGCUGGUUGCCUGGUCGAGUAUGUACAGUUCUAA